AUGCUUGUUUUUAAGAAUUAUAAGAGGAUUAUAGAAAAUUACGAGAGACAUCUUGCUAACACUACUAAUUGCAACAAUUUCUUCCAUUUAAACCCAAUUAUUAAGUUUGUGCUCUUGAAGAUAUUAGAGUUUAAGGGUGAAAAGAGAUUUGUUGAAUAGGUGAGGAACUUUAAACCUUUAAACGAUGAUCAGCUAGAUUAGCUUAUGAUAAGACAAAGAGACAUCUAUGUGAAGAUGCAUAAUAAGUGGAAUGGUCUAGGUAAUGAGGCUUUGAUUAUGCCUACCCAAGCGAUUCCUGCUUUUAAACAUGUUAAUAAUGGGGAAGAGUUGUACCAAUAACAGAAGUACAAGAAGGUGAGGAUUUGA